CCGAGGGCCCACUCUCUGCCUCCACAAGACCCAGCAUGACCCCCCGCUCCCUCCUCCUGUGCGCCCUGGUUCUCUCGUUCCUCCUCGGCAGUGCCCGGUGCAGUCCCGUGUGUAACAACCAGUGCUGUCGUUUCGUGGAGGGCUUCCCUGUCAGGCUGAAGAAGCUCAGACAGGACUAUUCGCGGAUCAGAGAUUUCUUUGAGGCAAACGAUGACUUGGACACAGCCCUGCUGGACCAGAGCGUGGAGGACUCAUUUAAAAGCCCGUUCGCGUGCCACACCGUGGACAGCAUCCUGGACUUCUAUCUGACCUCGGUUCUACCGACAGCCAUGGCCGGAGUGACCGAGGACACCAGGGACCUACAGCCGCACAUGGAGUCCAUUCAGCGCAUCUUCGACGGGCUCAAGAGAGAUGUCUUCACCUGCAGAAAGUACUUCUCCUGCAUUAAACCGUUUGACAUCAACAAUUUAAACUCUACUUACAACCAAAUGGAGAGUAAAGGUCCAUACAAGGCCAUGGGGGAGAUCGAUCUGCUGCUUAACUAUAUUGAGACUUAUCUGGCCUCUCAAAGGCACAGAAACCCAUUGGCCACUGUUUGAAGACCUGCUGACCCCCAUCAAAAUAUCACCCUCAUCAUCGCAAGGCAACAGAAAAGACAGCAUUGGACUCCUGCACUCUUUUUCAUUCAAUCCAUUGUUUUCACUAGUAAGAGUUUUGUUUUUUGCUGGAUUUAAUGUCUUUGUUAUUCUGAGACCCCCGUUUUUGUCCUGAGGACAAGUUUCUGUUUUAAGACCACAUUGAGUCCUACACAUGAAGCAACAAUCAAAAACUGUGUUGCUUGGGAAGCUGUGAUAUUUAUUUGUAUUGUGUAUAAUAUGUAUUUUUGUAUUUAUGACUAAUGUGUUGAUGCCGAUGAAUAAAAGACUAUUUGACAAGA